AUGGUGGAGUCGGUGGUUCGUGGUUUUCGUGGUGAUGGUGACGACGACCGUGGAGCAGGUGAUGACGAGGAGGGUGAUGUUGAUGAUGGCCAUGCCAAUAGGCAGAGAACGAGGUCGGACCCUUAUCAUCCGUCCAACACGCCGAUCUACCAGACUGCGACUUUCGUUCAGCCCUCGUCCAGCGAGUUUGGGCCCUACGACUACACUCGAUCCGGAAACCCCACGAGGACCGCCCUUGAGAAACACGUCGCUAUGCUGGAGCAUGCGGCUGCUGCCUUUGCUUUUUCCUCCGGCAUGGCUGCGCUCCACACGGUGACGCGCCUGCUGAAGCAGGGUGACGACAUCCUCGUAAACGAGGACAUCUACGGUGGAAUGCACCGGCUUCUGACGCAGGACUGCAAGAACAGCGGCAUUCAGGUGCGGUUCGUGGACACGACGAACUUGGAUGCAGUGGCAAAAGCGAUUUUGCCGACCACUCGCAUCAUCCAUACGGAAAGUCCUUCCAACCCUCGCAUGCGCAUCACCGACCUGAGGGCACUGGCGAAAUUGGCGCACCAGAAAGGCGUUCUACUCAGUGUGGACAGUACGAUGAUGCCGCCCGUGAUCUGCCAGCCGUUGUUGCUGGGAGUCGACAUCGUGGUCCACUCUGCCACGAAGUUCUUCUCGGGCCAUGCAGAUUGUACAGGGGGGCUGGUCUGUGUGCGGGACCCGGAGCUCGCCCACCGCGUGGCCUUCCUCCAGAACGCGGAGGGCACGGCCCUGGCACCUUUCGAGUGCUUCUUGUUUCUCCGGGGCAUCAAGACCAUGUGGCUCAGGGUGAGUCGGGCACAGGAGAACGCCCAGGAAAUCGCCAAAUUCCUCUCCAGGCAUCCCAAAGUUACUGGCGUCUUUUUCCCGGGCCCUGGUGGCUGUGACAACCGGGCUCUGAGGAUACACCAGUCGCAGAGCAGCGGGCCUGGAUGCGUCAUCAGCUUCACAACAGGCUCGGUGGGCUUCUCACGCCGGCUGUUGGAUGCCAGCCGGCUUUUUAAGACCACCGUGUCCUUCGGCAGCGUCAACAGUUUGGGGGAGAUGCCCUGCACCAUGAGUCACGCAUCGAUUCCCGCGGAGCAGCAGACGUUGCCGCAGGAUCUGGUUCGUCUCUCUGUCGGCAUCGAGGACGUGCGCGACCUGCUGCUGGACUUGCAGCGAGCACUCGAGACGGCCAGUGGCCAGCGCGAGCAGCCGAGCAACGACCAGUACGACAGCCGAUUUGAAGACCUCCCCGUGGUUCCCAGGCUUCCGGGGGCCAUCGCGGAGGAAACGGAUGGGCACGACGACGCCUCGGGCCUGCAACGCGGCGACUCCCUUGUAG